UGUGGUUUAUUUUUUUACUGUCUAGUUUAUUUAAUUGUUGAUUUAAAGUGUUUAUAUUCAUUUUUGGCAUUUAUUAUUAUCAAUCUUUACUUUAAGGUCCUAUCGGGGUCGUAAAGUUUCAUUAGAUUGAGUUAAGUGGCUGUUGUUCGCGAGCUUCUCUUUUGUAACUUUUUGUAGUGUCCUUUUUUUGGUUAAUCUAUAGAAAUGGCUUUAAUCAAAAAGGAUAAUAAUUCAUCUUUAAUCUCUUCGUCAACAUCGUCUUCAUCUCUAGUACCAGCUGAAAAGAAAAGGAAACCAAUAGUUUUGGAAGAAGAUGAGUUCAUCGAAGCUCUUGAUUGUAUUAUUGAAAGAGACUUUUACCCAGCUUUAAGUAAAAUGAAGCAGCAAUUAAAGAUAUUGGAUAAUCCACUCGUACAAGGCCAAGCAGCUACUCUUUCAGCCCCAUUGACGGCUACUCCGCUUACAUUUGAAACACCUAACAUUACAAUCCCUGUUGAGGAAGUCAAUGAAAGAGAUGACACUACUGAAGAUACAAUAGAACCUUCCAAGAAAAAGAUUAAAACAAAUCUCUCGUUGAAUGCAUUCUUAUCUAAAUACACUAGUGAAGAUAAUGCGUCUUUCGAUGAUAUAAUGAAAGAAGCUGAAAAAAGGCAUAGACAAAAAUAUCCAUGGUUGUAUUUAGAGGAAGAAAAGAUGAAUCAAAUGAUUACAGAUGGAAUGACUUUACCCUCCAUAGAAGGACAAGACAUGAUUGGAGCUGAUGGUACCGUCGGACGAAUAGCUUGGGCUUAUAAAAAUCUCAAUUCAUUGAUGUUCAUACCAGAAGGAGUCAAAGAUGGCACCCAAUUUGCACCUAACCCACACUCAACAAUCUGCCAUGAAAAUACCAGGUUCAAGAAGAACCCAUUCAAUGAAAAUCUUAGCGAAUCUGUGUUAGCUGAAGCUGCUCUUGUUGCCUCUCAAGAAAAAACGGGCAAAAUUGGUAUCGAUGGUAAAGAACUCAUCAAUAAUGUUCCUAAAGUUGGAGGCUAUUCUUUUGUACCGCUGACUCCUUCUCCAGCUCCAGGUGUUACUAACACUCCUUUAAUGACUUGGGGUCAAAUCGAAGGUACUCCUUACAGUUUGGAUGGAAGUGAGACACCGUUGCUUACUAGUUCUUCGCUGCCUUCUGGUACUCCACAAUUUAGAAUUCCCGAUGUUCCAAAGAGGGAACAAAUCGGACAUGCAUUAGCAGAUAAAAUUAAUAAAACAAACCGAAAUAAGAAGAAAGAAGCCUACAAACAAGCACAAUAUUUAAAGAACAGUCCCUUAAUAUAUAGUGGAGGGAAAACGUUUAAUGAAAGUUUGGGAUCUAUGUCACCAGCAGCGCAAAAAUUGGCCACUCUCAGAUUGGGGAUCAACAAGAACGUUGAUAAAGAACUUAGAUGUAGUUAUUCACCCUCUAUCUCAAGGACUCCAAAUAAUCGAUUGAAAAGUCCAAUCACCCCUUCACCAUCGUCUUUGAUGAAAGUCACAACUCCAAAACCGACUUCUAAUAUAUCUUUAACUGAUAAUUUAUUAAAUAUUCCGAGGAAAAUAGGAAAAAGUUAAUAUUUCCUUCGUUUUAUUAAUCUGAUGUAACUAUAUAUGGUGCGUCUUAAUGGCGUAUGGACGGCUUUUCUGUAAGUCUGCAAUUCACGUGGAAGGUGCCCUUUUUCUUUAAUAAAUUCACGAAAUUCUUCGAAAGUA